AUGUCCUAUCAAGCUUUAAAUUCCACAGGUGGACAAGAUUUAGAAAGCAACGUUGCUCGGCAUGAUGGUAAUUCUGAAAAUGAAAGAUAUCCUUUUGGAAUACCGAUAACUUUAUGUAGGAAUGUCGCAAUUCAAAUGGGCUUACUGUUCGUUCUCACAUAUAAGUCGAAUGACUAUUAUCAGCCACCUUGGUACUGGAUGUUAAUAUACGCGUUAUUCAAUUCUUACACUAUAGGAAGUAUAGUAUGCCUUCUAGAUAUAACUUGCAUAGUAGAUCUUUUGAUUAUACUAUUCAUUGUUUCCCUUUCAUUGAUCUGUUUUACACUUCAAACUACAUAUCAAUUUAAGUCGAAAGAACCAUUAUUUCUUGCUUGCAUCACAAUAAUUGUUACAUCUUUGAUUCUUCAUCCUUUGAUAUUUUCGAUUAUUGACGCAGUUCCAGCUGUCUCAAUUGCUCUGCUAUUAUCGUUGUUUUUUAUAUUUGACACGUGGUAUAUGAUGGAUAAUAUGAAUAAGGAUGAAUUUAAGGGUGCGGGUAUGCAAAUAAUAUUAGAUUUACUGGUACCAUUCAAGUGUAUACAUCAUAUGAGUGAGCUUUCAGCUGAAUAUUGGUGA